AUGGAUUCUCAAGUAGACACUUCUCUUGAAGCAGACUACGUGAUUGUCGGAGGGGGAACGUCUGGUCUCGUUCUCGCGGCUCGACUGAAAAACCUAGUCGAGGACCCCCGAGUUCAGACCCCGGCCCUCUGGACCACCCUGAUGGGGUCCGAAGCAGAUUGGCAGUAUCAAUCCACGCCUCAGCCUGCUCUCGGGAAUCGAGUCAUCAAAGAGCCUCAGGGCAAGCUGCUUGGAGGCUCAUCCGGGAUCAACGGUCAGGCCUUUAUCGCGCCCACCAAGGCGGGAAUCGAUGGCUGGGAGAAACUGGGUGCAACAGGCUGGGACUGGGCGACUCUCUCCCCGUACUACCGCAAGGCCUUCACUCUGCAGCUGCCAGACGAAAACACCCGCGACCAUAUCGGCACCAGCUGGGUUGACCCCGAGGCCAAUGGAACGUCGGGCCCGAUCAAGGUCUCCUUCCCAGCCGUACGACAAGACCCGCUGUCCAAGGCGUGGGUGGACACGUUUCGAGCAAUGGGCUACGGCGUCACCGGCGAUCCCUUCUCGGGGGUCUCCACCGGGGGUUACUCCAACCUGGCCGCUGUCGACGCCGAAACCAAGACCCGCAGUUAUGCAGCCACGGGCUAUGGCGUGCCCGCCAGCCAGCGUCCGAGCGUGCGCAUCCUCACCAACGCGGUCGCCCGUCGCAUUCGUCUUGAGUCUGAGGAGUCGGGGGUUACCGCCACGGGAGUGGACGCAGACAUUGAAGGACAAGCUACAGUCGUCAAGGCGAAAAAGGAGGUGAUUCUGACUGCCGGGGCCCUCAAUACUCCAAGACUGCUCGAACUGUCCGGCAUCGGAGACCAAGCCAUUCUCGACAAGUUCAGCAUUCCGGUCGUGAUCGACAACCCCAACGUCGGCGAGAGUCUCCAGGACCAUCUCAUGAGUGGGAUCAGCUUCGAGGUGAAGCCGGGGGUGGUCACCGGUGAUCCGCUUCUGCGGCAGGAGCCCGACGCGAUCCAGACUGCAUUGCAACUGUAUGCCGAACACAAAGCCGGGCCCAUGACCGUGGGCGGCGUGCAAUCCUGCGCCUACAUGCCUAUCAUCGAGUCUCAUGGCCACCAGGAAGCGAAGCGGGCGCAUCUCGAGGCCUUCCCCGGUGACCCCGAUGCUCGCCACGAAGUGAUCCGAGACAUCUACGGGAGCUUCGUCGGCCAGGAGCUUCUGCCGGGCAACUACCUCAGCCUGGGCGUCUCCCAGAGUCUGCCCUUCUCCCGUGGAGCGGUGCAUAUCGCCUCGGCGGACCCGGACGCGCCCCCGACCAUCGAUCCUCGUUAUUUCUCGAACCCGCUCGAUCUGGACAUCAUGGUCCGGAACCUGCUGGACGUGGAGCGCCUCCACGGUCUGAGGCCGCUCGCGGAUUAUCUGGCUGCCGAUCGCCGCCGCAAUCACCCGGACGCCUCUCUCACGGACCUCGACUCCGCCAAGAGAUACCUCCGUGACACGGCCACAACCACCUAUCAUUCAUGUGGCACCGUGGCCAUGCUUCCCCGGGAGAAAGGAGGCGUGGUGGACGAGCGCCUGCGGGUGUACGGAACCACCAACCUGCGUGUCUGCGAUGCGAGUAUCUUUCCUUUGAUCCCGGCGGCAAAUAUCAUGUCUACCGUGUACGCGGUGGCGGAGAGGGCGGCGAAUAUCAUCAGAGCGGAGGCGUAG